CAUGGGGAGCGGGUGAUGCCUGUUAGCAAAGCAACACUCAGCGCCCCUUGGCUGACAUAUCAAACUGCCCUUUGUGUCUAGCCGAAGACCGAAGACCCUGGGGACGGGGUCUGCCGUUUAAAUUCUCGCCAAAUCACCACAAGCGGACAGGAUCCCAAGCCUAUACACUACGCCGCGAGCUAUCGGCACUCCCCUCCCCCUCCCCAAUCUCCGCCGCAGAUCAUCCAAAAUCCCCCCAUGAAGAUAUGGCGGAAUUACAAGUGCCGACUGCGGACGCCCCGUUGCUGAGCGACUUCGACGUCCUCACAAUCGGGGCCGGCAUCUCCGGAAUCAACACCGCCUAUCACCUUCAGACAGAGUUCCCGGGGACCUCGUACGCCAUUCUCGAGGCCCGUGAUAGCAUCGGCGGUACCUGGGACUUCUUUAGGUAUCCUGGUUUACGAUCUGACUCGGACAUGGUCACCUUCGGCUUCCCCUGGAGCCCGUGGACUUCCGACCAGAGGACAGGCACUGGCAGCCAGAUCGUCGCGUAUAUACGGAAGGCGGCCGAGGCGCAAGGCAUCGACAAGAACAUCCGCUUCAACCACAAGGUCCUCGCUGCCGACUGGAGCACGCCCACUAAGGCCUGGACUGUCACCGCUGUCAACGGCGCGGGCGAGACGCGGACCUUUCGCUCUCGGUUUCUCGUCCUCGGUACUGGGUACUAUGACUACGAGAACGCCCUCGAAGCGGACAUCCCGGGGUUACGCACUUUUGGCGGCCAGGUGAUCCACACCCAGUUCUGGCCUGAGGACUUCGACUACACAGGUAAAGAUAUCGUCGUCAUCGGGAGCGGCGCUACCGCCGUCACGCUCAUUCCCGUCAUCGCUGAGAAGGCCAAGAGCGUCACCAUGCUCCAGCGCAGCCCGACCUACAUGGUCAGCCCGCCAGCCCGCAUGGGACCAGAGAGUGGCCUGUCCCGACUUCUCCUACGCCUGCUCCCGACCGCCAUGGGACAUUGGUACCGGCGCAUGCGUUCCGCCCUGUUCUCUUCCUUCUUAUACGCCUUUUGCAUAGCAUUCCCUACUCGCGCGCGCGCGUCGAUCCUGAAGGCCACCGCGGCCCAGCUUCCCGGCGAUAUUCCCGUAGACCCUCACUUCAACCCGCAGUACAUGCCUUGGGAGCAGCGCAUGUGCGUGUGUCCCGGGGGGGACUUCUUCGCCGCGCUGCGGUCGGGUCGAGCUCGCGUCGUCACGGACCGGAUCGCGGAAGUGACGGCGACGGAGAUCCGGCUCGCGUCGAAGGGGUCGCAGCCGCUCCGGCCGGAUGUGAUCGUGACGGCGACGGGCCUGCGGCUCAAGUUCGCGGGCGGGGUGGCACUAUCAGUAGACAGCGAGGUGGUGGACCCGACGACGCGGUAUGUGUGGCGCGGGUGCAUGGUCGAGGGCGUGCCGAACCUCGCGUUCGUCAUGGGCUAUAUAAAUACGUCGUGGACGCUCGCGACGGAUGUGUUCGGGCGGGUGCUGACCCGUGUAAUGCGGCUGACGGCAUCGCGCGGGGCGACCUCGGUGACACCACGGCUGCGGGACCGCGACCGCAAGCCGGGCCAGCUGCGCGACCUCCCCGUGUUCGCGCUCACGUCGACAUUCAUGAAGAAGGCGAACGAAUCGUUCCCGCGGGCCGGCGGGGGCAUCUGGGAUCACCGCCGGAGCUACCUAACCGACGAGCUCCACUCGCGGUUCGGCGACGUGAAGAGCGGGCUCUACUUCGAGUGACAAGAAAGCCAGGCAGAUACCUGCAAGCGGUGUAUACAUACAUAGGUUAUACGCGCACAACGACUCUUCGUGGUGCAUCAACCUUUGGUGUUAGGGACCGGGGGUUUGGGCGGUUGUGGGGGUGUGUACCGUGGCCAUAAAGGAGCAAGAUAUUAAAUGGGAUUUUAUUGGCAUGGGCGCAUUGCUAUGAGGGAGUACGUAUGAUUUCACCAGUAUGAUGACUUGGAAAGACUGUUCGUAAGGACAGAGGUGGGCAUGGCUAUAGGUCGUUACGCUCGUUCGCUCGCUCGUAUGCACAUAUUACCUAUAUCAAAGGUAUCCGCUUAUUGGUGUGAAUGGAACAUCCACGAGAGCUGCGGCAGACCUCCAUCCUAAGACUAGAUAUCUAGAAAUGCCUCUGCCGUUGAUCCAAGAAGGGUGUGUAUUUGCCCUAAAACAGCCCUCCGUUUCCUAUUGUUAGCCGAAUACCCCAUUAGCAACCACAUCUACCCUACAAAUCAAGUA